CCCACCAACCCACAAAAGCAGCAAACGCACCGAAACCCGGACAAGCACCGGUGCCGCUUCUGUCCUUACUCAUGUCCUUCUGCAGCGGGUAUCGCCAUCCACGAGAGGACUCACACUGGAGAGAGGCCCUUCAGUUGCGAUGUUUGCGAGAAAACGUUCACGCAUAAGGCUGCCUUGAAGGCUCACGUUCGAACUCACACCGGAGAGAAGCCGUUCAAGUGCAACACGUGCAGCAGGGCCUUUGCUCAGAAAACCCAUUUGACGAUGCAUGUGAGGACUCACACGGGAGAGAAGCCGUUCAAGUGCAACACGUGUAGCAGGGCGUUUACUCAGAAAUGCGAUUUGACGAUGCAUGUGAGGACUCACACCGGAGAGAAGCCGUACAGGUGCAACACGUGCAGCAGGGCGUUCACUCAGAAAACCCAUUUGACGAGUCAUGAGAGGACUCACACGGGAGAGAAGCCGUUCAAGUGCAACACGUGUAGCAGGGCGUUUAAUCAGAAAUGCGAUUUGACGAUGCAUGUGAGGACUCACACCGGAGAGAAGCCGUACAGGCGCAACACGUGCAGCAGGGCGUUCACUCAGAAAACCCAUUUGGCGAAUCAUGAAAGGACUCACACCGGAGAGAAGCCGUUCAAGUGCGAGACCUGCGGUAGAGCGUUUGCGGCUGAUACCAAUUUAUACAAUCAUCGGAAGAUACAUCGCAAGUGA